AUGUGCGAUUCUGAAUUAUCAGCUAAAUUAGCUAGGCGGCAAGAAAUUAAUGAAGGUGUUCGCGAACCCGAAGCUUUGUCGGAGGCAAACGUUUUCAAUCCAUAUACUGAAUUUAAAGAGUUUUCUCGCAAGCAAAUCAAGGAAUUUGAAGGAAUGUUUGCACAACACGACAUUGAUAAGAAUGGUUUCAUUGACAUGCAAGAGCUAAAGCUAAUGAUGGAAAAGCUUGGAAAUCCACAAACCCAUUCUUCGUUAAAAAAUAUACUGUUAACUGUGGAUGAAGAUAAAGACAAUAUGAUCAACUUUCGAGAGUUUCUUCUGCUAUUUCGCCAUGUUGCUGCUGGAGAUUUAACUACAGAUUCGGACGCUAUGACGGCUUUAGCCAAUUUAGCCGAAAUAGAUGUAGGCACUGCUGGAGUAAAAAAUGCAAAGAGCUUUUUCGAAGCAAAAAUCGAUAAAUUAAGCAUUGGCAAGAAAAGAGAGGAAGAAAUUAAGGCUGAACAGGAAGAAAAAAAGAAAUCUUCAAUGGAAGCUGCUGAACGUCGUAAAAAUUUUAAUGAAAAGAUGUCCGUGUUUAAGUAA